GAUGCACUCGACAUGUUUAGAUUCUGAUUGCUUGUUCAGUGUAGUUGCAUUCAUGCAAGGGACAGCAUCUGAUCGCGAGGCGCAAAAAAAUCGGUGGCAGUUUUCAAACGCGUUCUUCCGUGAUGCAGCUCAUCACCUACGAUUUCAUUUCCGGCUGUUUCGGCGGGGCUUGUGGCAUUCUGGUGGGACAUCCGCUGGACACAAUCAAAACAUGGCAGCAAUUUUCCAACCAUAAAAUUCGCGCCUCAGUCUACAACAUAAUCGUGCGUCACAACGGGGUCGGAGGAUUCUACAAGGGAAUGUUCUUCCCGUUGAUAACGAGUGGAGCAUUAAAUUCGGUCGUGUUUGCGGUAUAUGGAGAGUACAUGAGGCAGCUUCAAGCACAGUGCAAAACCGAACGUGAACGACAGCAAAGCUGGCCAAAGCACGUCCUCCUGGCGGGAUCAGUUGCCGGCGUAACGCAAGUUUUCCUCGGAUGUCCCAUUGAGGUUGUAAAAGUACGACUGCAAACCUUACGAUACAUUGGCCGACCGUGGCGUUGCUUGAUGGACAUUCACCGCCUCGAGGGCCUGUCGGGAAUCUACCGUGGCAUUACGCCCAUGAUGUUGCGCGACGUUCUGCCGUACGGAAUCUACAUGUUGGUCUACGAAUACAUGCUUGGGAUCGAGGAACGGCUUCACCGGGUCAAGCGGGAUCGACUAUCGAGUGGUUCCGGCGGAAUGGUGGUCAGCAGUCCGUACGAGGCGUCACUGAUUGCGAUGGCCGGCGCUAUGGCUGGCAUUAUUUCCUGGAUGUUCAUCGUACCCUUCGAUGUGGUCAAAACGGUGAUGCAGUCCGAGACGGAUCCGACGGUGCACAAAAACAUGUUGCAUUGCUUUCGUACGUUGAUAGAUCGACAUGGAUGGAGGUCACUGUUCAGAGGAAGCUUCAUGGUUAUUGCUAGGGCAGCACCGGUCAACUCCAUUACCUUUCUGGGCUACGAAUGGUGCCUGGGACAGUGCCAUAAGUUUUUUGGAAAUGCAGACAACAGAAGUUGCUGGUCGUGAUCAGAUUAUGAUCGAAGACCGUUAUUUAUUUGAAUUCUAUUGUGUUUAACAGAUUAAUCUAUUCUUUUAUUUUGUAAAUAUGUUAAUGUAAAA